AGUGUAUCGCAAGUGUGUACCAGUUCCCCCUCCCCAUUUCAAUGUAAGAUGGUGGCAAGAAGAAGCAACUAGCUACCUAAAGAAGUAACCUAGCCAGCAAGCUACCUAACUUAGAAAGAUUUAUUAUAACCUUAUCUACGUGGUAUUUGCAACUAGAACUGCUAGGCAUUCAGUAAUCGAAGAGAAAUUCCGUUGCGUUUCGUACGCAGUCUAACGUUAUCUGACACUUAAGCAAUUUCCGCCUAAAUUGGUGUGAAUAUUGUUUGGAGUGCAAUCAGGCCCACAGAGAGCCACCAGUGACCACUGUUCUGUAGGAUGUCGCGCAGCCCAGAUGUCAAGGAGGACCCAAUGGAGUGCCCACUGUGCAUGGAGCCCUUGGAGAUCGAUGACGUCAACUUUUUCCCUUGCACCUGCGGCUACCAGAUCUGCCGCUUCUGCUGGCACCGCAUCCGCACAGAUGAGAAUGGCCUCUGUCCCGCCUGCAGAAAGCCCUAUCCAGAGGACCCGGCUGUUUACAAGCCCCUCUCACAGGAAGAGAUCCAGAGGAUAAAGAACGAGAAGAAGCAGAAGCAGAACGAGAAGAAGCAGAAGGUCACAGAGAACCGCAAGCACCUGGCCAGCGUGCGCGUGGUCCAGCGGAAUCUUGUGUUUGUUGUCGGACUGUCUCAAAGGCUCGCAGAUCCUGAGGUUCUUAAAAGACCAGAGUACUUUGGAAAGUUUGGAAAAAUCCAUAAGGUGGUCAUCAAUAACAGCACAUCAUAUGCAGGUUCACAGGGUCCAAGUGCCAGUGCAUACGUCACAUACCUCCGCUCAGAGGAUGCCCUGAGAGCAAUCCAGUGUGUUAAUAAUGUCGUUGUGGAUGGUAGGACUCUAAAGGCUUCCUUAGGUACAACGAAAUACUGCAGUUAUUUUCUCAAAAGUAUGCAGUGUCCCAAGCCAGACUGCAUGUAUUUACAUGAACUGGGAGAUGAAGCGGCUAGUUUUACAAAAGAAGAGAUGCAGGCAGGAAAGCAUCAAGAAUACGAACAAAAACUACUCCAGGAUCUAUACAAAAUGAAUCCUACUUUCCUACAACCUUCAGCAUGUGGCAAUGAGAAAUCAAAAGGAAAAUCCAGCACCUCCCAAAGACCUGGCAGCACCAACAAAGAUGGCUGGCCUUUGCUACAAGGAUGUGGCAAGGUAGUCAAUGGUCUACCCACAGAAAACCGUAAAACGCCUCCAGUCUUAGACUGUGGCUCAGACUCGGAUCACAUGACGCCAGAUGGGCAAGACUCUGAAGAGCUUUGCCCUGAUCAGGGCACCGACAUCUCGCCUUUCCCAUCAGCAUUAGACCCCUCAAGAGUUUUUAAUGGAUUUUCCCCUUCCUGUUGCAGUCCCAUUGAUAAUCCUCCAGAAUCAAACAGUAUCACAGAGAAUGGGGAGACUAUAUCACAGUUUCCUCAGCUCCCAAACAGUGAUUCCCCCUCCCCUCCUCCUGGCCUCACCAGGCCCAGUCUACUGGUCCCCAUCAGUGUAUCAGACCUCACGGCCCGCUCACCCUUCGAGGGGGCGGCCGCCGAGUCUCGCUCUCUCUUCUCGGACAACAGCAACUUCCGGCACCCCAACCCGCUCCCCAGCAGCCUGCCCUCCGGCCCCUGCUCCCCUCAGGGAGGGUCAGAUUGGCCCAUGACCCCCGAACCACAGAGCCUUUUCACCUCAGACACCAUCCCUGUGUCAUCGUCAACAGACUGGCAGGCGGCUUUCGGCUUCGGUUCCUCAUCCACGCAGCAGCAGCAGCAGGACGACGAUUUGGGCUUCGACCCCUUCGACGUCACACGCAAGGCCCUGGCUGACCUCAUCGAGAAGGAGCUGUCAGUACAGGAGCCCCCCUCCUCCUCCGCUCUCUCCCCCGACCCGUUCCAUAACCACGCACAUGCCCACCUGUACCGCUCCAGUUUGGCACAGCGCUUCGGCCACCUGCACCAGCGCGCCCCGGUCAACGGCCACCUUGGCCCCAUGCCCAACCAGACCACUUCCCGCCACCCAUGGAUGGGUACUUCCACACGCAAUAACCUGGUACACUUGAACCACACAGCUGUGCACAGCAGCUUCUUGGACUUGAAUUUGCCAGUGCAGGAGCAGCAUCCCCCCCACAGUACUGGCCUUGGAGGCAUCCCCAUAUCAGCAGAAAACAACGGCUCUAUAGAGAGCCUCAACGUCAAAGAGUGGCAGGACGGGUUGCGAGCACUCCUACCAAAUAUCAACAUCAACUUCGGGGGUCUCCCCAGCUCUACCUCCUCUUCGUCCUCAUCCUCAUCCUCCUCCAGCGUCAACCACAUCGGGGGGCCCGGCGGCUCCUUGGGGGGGGUCUCGCACAGCCUCAGCUGGGACGCCACAGCCAGCUGGAUGGACCCAGCCAUCAUCACAGCCCCAGGUCCUCCUGAAAACCCUCAGACACCUCAGUAUCUGCACCAGUAUCUUUUAAAUGGUAUCCCAUCAUCCGCCGGCAACAGUCUGGACUGUCUCCAGGACGACAAUCCGCCGCAUUGGCUUAAGUCCUUGCAGGCGCUCACAGAGAUGGACGCCCCGGCCAGCACAGCGGCUCCCCCGCAGCAGCAGCAGCAGCAGCAGCAGCAGCAGCCGCAGCACCACACCGGGAUGCUGGACAUGCACCUCUCCUCCCUGCACAGAGCCGGCUGGGCGCCCUAUCUCCCCCCACCCUCCACUGCCACGCCCAGCCACUUCCACUCGCCUCCCCCAGGCUUCCAGACCGCCUUCAGACCCCCUGCCCAGACAGCCACAGCAGACCUGCUACAGAACGCCGCCAUGGAUCGCCACUAGGGACAUAUCCAUCAAACACCACACACACACACACACACACACACACACACACACACACACACCUAUACAUACAUACAUAAAUACAUACAUAUAUACACACACCCGUACACACAUUCAACCAUGAGAACUCAAGGCCAAACUAGUAACACUGAAUAACAAGAUGAUUAUCUGAUUAUUUUUCUCCCUCAUCCACCUCCAUUCAUCUUUUUCCCCACCUUCUGACGGCCUAUUUGUUGGGGACUGAUUUUUUGUUUGUUUUCUGUUUUGUUUGUUCAAUGGGUUUUGUUUUUGAGGCGCACGUGUCAUCAAUAUGCCGGUGGCACCAACACACCAACAGUUGUCAGUAACCGCAUUUAUUUAUUGCAGCGCUUUCCUCAGGAUCAGCUCAUGUCAGGAGGUAGAGGUGGGGCUGACCAUCGUCAUACCUCCUAAGUUCGCUAGCUAAGCGAGUAACGAGUUAAUACGCGAUAGUGUGCACAGAUUACUUCUUGAGGUGUCACAAAGGAAUAGACCAACAGAGAGAGCAGGAUUAGGGGGGUGGGGAAAGGAAAGGCCCUAACCCUGACCUGACCUGACCUGACUGCUCACCUUCUUACUGUGAAUCUCCCCAACCUGCUGUGGUCAGUAUCAGUCCCCUCCCUGCUUCAGUUCAUGCAUUCAAGCAAUCAGAGAUUACGUAAAGGAGGGCAAACCAGCGAGGACAUGCAGACACAGGCUAUGCACUAAUGGUACUUGUGGCCCGCAUCAGAGGGCCAUCGGUGAGAGCCAUGAAUGUCCAUGGCGUAGAGUCGCAGAAAGUCACGCAAACUGAAAGGUCACAGUGGUCCGCCACAGUUAGCUGACCGUCUCCCCACCUAACUAAGGGCUCAUGCAAAGCCAGACCUCUGCAUCAGAGGGGGGUGCGCUGCCAGAAAAUAGGUGGAGGGGGGGUGAUCUUCUCCCCUGGAGUCUUAAGCUGUGAGGGCGGGUUUGUGACCUUGAUGAGGUUUGGAGGCUGAGAGUGCCACCAUGUGGCACAUGUAAUUGCUGCCCCUCAAGCAAUUCAGAAAAGAAAACAAAAAAAAUAAGCUGCUUUAUGACUUUAGAGCCAUCGAGGAGCGGAGGACAUGGCUGCAUGUGUUGAAGGCGUCUGUUAGGUUUGGCACAGAACAGCACUGCAAGGCCUUAAAGUGUGUCAGUAGAGCAAAAGAACAAGUGUGAAUGCAGAGUGACGCAUAGUUAUAUGACUUUAAAAUUGAAACCGAAGUUUAAGUGGGGGAGAAAAAAAAAGAUACGAGUAAUGAAGAAGAUAGUGAGUGCGUAUUGACAGACUGAUGCUAGACAGCAACAAAAAUGGCCGCUUUAGGGAGCUCCGAAUCAUUUCCUCCUCUUCUCAGCCGUCUUCUUUUUAACAGUGUCUAUUCUUAUCAAGUUGGGCCGAACUAAUCAGUGUUCACCAGAACAAUUCAUGAGGCUGGGAAAGCCAGUGCAACCUUGAGUGUGAACGUGCUGCUGAGAGAAACACAUUUAACACAAAAGCAAAAGAGCUUAAAAGAACUGACCCCUUUUCUGAAGGUCUUGAAAAGAAACAGAAUAUUAAAUAAACAAAGAACUCUGA